AUGCCAGCAAUGAAGGGCAAACGUGCGGAAGCGAUGGACCAACUGCUGCCGGUGGCGGUACUGCUGGUCGUGAUACUGACGGUGGUCGGAGGUGCCGACUCCUAUACCGUUCCGCGCGAUACCGACAUCCUGCUGGCGGAUGGGUUCUUCAAGCGUAUGCGAGACCUGUUUGCUGAGCGAGUGUACGAAGACGCGCUCGGUACCGGCGGGUCCGAGAUGGCGGACGAAGCGCCUCCCUUGCCACCAGUCGACACCUCUCAUCUCGACAGUCCACCAAAGCCGAAGUUGGUAGAGGAUUGGCCGAAGGUGAAACACUCAUUCGGUCAGGUGACGGCCGUCACAAUCGAUCUGCAAGGCAACCCGGUCAUCUUCCACCGGGGCAGCCGAACAUGGACCAUGGAGAGCUUCAACGAUAGCCAUCAUUAUCAACACAUCGCGGAAGGACCGAUACCGGAAAAUACGAUCGCAACGCUAGCGGCAUCGGACGGUGCCGUACUGGAGGAACGUGGUGCCGGUAUUUUCUACAUGCCGCACGGACUAACGAUCGACCGAAACGGCAACAUGUGGCUGACGGAUGUGGCGCUACAUCAGGUGUUCAAGUUCAUGCCCGGUCGGGACUAUCCCGCCAUUACGCUCGGCCAUCGUUUCGAGCCCGGCGCGUCCAAGAGCCAUCUCUGCAAGCCAACCGCGGUCGCCAUUGCCAGUACGGGUGAAAUUUUCGUUGCCGAUGGGUACUGCAACAGUCGGCUGCUAAAGUUCAAUGCCGCCGGACGCUUGAUCCGUACCAUCCCGCAACCGCCCGAGUUCCUGUCCCUGCAGACACCGCACGGUUUGACGCUGCUCGAACACCUGGACAUGGUGUGUGUGGCCGAUCGGGAGAAUAUGCGCGUCGUUUGUCCGCGCGCUGGCCUGCAGACAUCGUACGGCGAAGGGACGCAGGCAGCCACCAUCCAGGAGCCAGAUCUUGGCCGUGUUUUUGAUGUGGCCGCCUACGGUGAUUUGGUGUACGCGGUAAAUGGACCGACCUCGCCCAUGAUUCCGGUGCGCGGUUUCACGAUCGAUCCACGCUCGGAAACCAUCAUCGAUCACUGGGGCAAGUUCGAGAAUCCCCACUCGAUCACCUUCUGCCCGAACGGGUCGGCCAUGUACGUGACGGAGAUUGGACCUAACCGUGUGUGGAAGUUUACCCUCACGAUGUAA